CCUUUUGGUUCCAGUACAGCCCUCUUGUUUUAGUACAGCUCUUUAGCUAGCCUCUCUGGUUCCGGCACAACUCUAUAGCAAACCAUCUGGUUCUAGUACAUCUCUGUAGAUGCAGUUCAGCUCUAUAGCGAAGCAUGUGGUUCCAGUAUAGCUCUCUAGUCAAGCCUCUGUGUUCUAGUACAUCUAUUUAGUUCUAGUACAGCUCUACGGCUAACCCUCUGGUUCGAGUACAGCUCUCGAGCUAAGCCUCUGGUUCCAGCUCAACACCGACGGCGAAGGCUCUCCGCGCGGCAUCGCACGUGACAGCAGAGGCUCACUGAUCGCUCGCUGCAGGUCACCGCCGCCUGCCGACGAUGCGAAACGGCACGCCGGACGCGGGGCUCCCGUCGUGGCCGUGGCCGCCCGACAGCGGCGGCCUCCCCAACGAGAGCGGAGGAGCCCCCGGGUCUGCCGCCUCGCAGGUCCACGUCGCCGGAGGUCGCGGCAUGGCCAUGCUGUGGCCGCCCGGUUCGUCCUGGACCCCGGGGCAGAAGGCCCUGCUCACGGCGCUCAUGGUGGUGCUGAUGCUCGCCACGGUGGUGGGCAACGCGCUCGUCAUCCUCGCCUUCGCCGUGGACCGGGGACUGCGCACCCACGCCAACUUUUUCUUCCUCAACCUGGCCAUCGCCGACUUGCUUGUGGGAAGCUUCUGUAUCCCCCUGUACGUGCCCUACGUUCUCACGGGCGAGUGGCGCCUUGGCCGAGGUCUCUGCAAGCUGUGGCUCGUCAUGGACUACCUCCUGUGCACCGCGUCCGUGUUCAACAUCGUCCUGAUCAGCUUCGACAGAUUUCUCUCCGUCACCAGGGCGGUGAGUUACAGGGCCCAGCAGUGCAUGACCCGGCGCGCCGUGCUCAAGAUGCUGGCGGUGUGGCUGGCCGCCUUCCUGCUGUACGGCCCGGCCAUCAUCGCGUGGGAGCACGUGGCCGGCCGCAGCGUCGUGCCGCAGGGCGAGUGCUACGCGGAGUUCUACUACAACUGGUACUUCCUCAUCGUCGCCUCCACCUUCGAGUUCUUCACGCCGCUCCUGAGCGUCGCCUACUUCAACCUCAUGAUCUACUCGAACAUCAGGAGGAGGAGGAGGAACACGCCGAGACCCGACCGGUGCGACGAGGCAGCACCCUCCGUCGCCGCCGCCGCCGCCGCCGCCACCUCGGCCCGGUGUCCCGGCGGCGAUCGGCCGGACGAGGGCUUCCCCUGCGGCGCCGGAGUCCACACCAGCGCGGUGUUUUUCGUCCAAGAGAGUCCCGCGGACCAGAGAGUCCAGAGGUCGGUGGCGGGUUCCCCCCCGCGCAAGCGGCACGCGAGGCGCGGGGGCAGCGCGGGUCCACGCCGCGCCACGUGGACGCCCCAGGUGUCCUCGCUCGCGGGAGAUCGGCCGUCGAAGGGCGACGCUCCUCGUAAGGAGUGUAGGGUGGACGUGUCCAUGAGUUUGGCACAAACGAGGAGAACAAUUUGCGCACGCCGAGGAGAGGCGUCCUCGUCAGCGGCAGCUUCGGUAGCGUCAUCAGCAGCAGGGAGAGUGGCACGCCUGGGCACACCUCGUGCCAAUGUGGUCGGCCUGUGCGUCAAUCAGGAAGCUCUGUCGGGGCUUCAAAGGCUCGAGGAGAAGGGCCGGUGCGCGGACCAGAGAAGGUACGGCGCGACCCGCCCGCGGCUCCCGCAUUCCGCCGAUCCCAGCCUACGCCUGUCGCGCGAUAAGCGCGUGGCCAAGUCCCUGGCCAUCAUCGUGUGCGUGUUCGCCAUGUGCUGGACGCCUUACACGCUGCUCAUGAUCAUCCGCGCCGCGUGCCGCAGCCAGUGCGUGGACGACCGCCUCUACGAGUUCUCCUUCUGGCUCCUGUGGCUCAACUCGGCCGUGAACCCUGUCCUGUACCCGCUGUGCCACGUGCGCUUCAAGCGCGCCUUCCUGCGCAUUCUGUGCCAGCGCAAGUUCAAGGUGGAGCCGCAGGUGGUGGCUCGCCUGCGGUGCUGAGUGGGAUGAACCGGCUGGCUUUGUUUGUUGUCUGCAGGACCGAACGGGUCACGCUCGUUCCCAUUUACGAAUCCUCGCAGGUACGUUUUUUCCUUACCGUGCGUUUUCCAACAGGACCUGUGUGCUUUAAGUGUAAGCUAAAUUCUUGCACACGCUGCACGUGCCCGAUGAUUGAUAAACACGUCCCCAAGUGACGAACAACGAGAUUAGUAUCACGUGCGUAUCACGUGCGUCUCACGUGAUGGG